GGGAGGAGAGAAGGGAAGAAGGCGAGAGAAAGCGCGCUGCGUGCGGCCCCGCUGCCCAGAGCCUGCCAGCAGCGCGCCCUCGGCGGCUCCGGUCCCAACCGCGCCCGCCGCCUCGCCUCCUCCGCCUCGGCCGCGUCCCGACUCCGGGGCUCACCCGGCCUCUCGGAGGUCCCCGCCCGCCCCGGCUCUCCGCUGCGCUGCCCGGCUCCAGCCCCGCAGCCCGCCCCGCGGGGAAGGUAGCAGCGGGCGAGCGCGCCCUCGCCUCCAGCCCCGCGCCCCAGCCCCGCGCGGCGACGAAGGACCGGGAAGAUGAACGGCGGCGGCAAAGCCGAGAAGGAGAACACCCCGAGCGAGGCCAACCUUCAGGAGGAAGAGGUCCGGACCCUAUUCGUCAGCGGUCUGCCUCUGGACAUCAAGCCCCGAGAGCUGUACCUGCUCUUCAGACCAUUCAAGGGCUAUGAAGGUUCUCUCAUAAAGCUCACGUCAAAACAGCCCGUAGGCUUUGUCAGUUUCGACAGUCGCUCAGAAGCAGAGGCCGCAAAGAACGCUUUGAACGGCAUCCGCUUCGAUCCUGAAAUCCCGCAAACACUACGACUAGAGUUUGCUAAGGCAAACACGAAGAUGGCCAAGAACAAACUCGUAGGGACUCCAAACCCCAGUACUCCUCUGCCCAACACUGUACCUCAAUUCAUUGCCAGGGAGCCAUAUGAGCUCACAGUACCUGCACUUUACCCCAGUAGCCCUGAAGUGUGGGCCCCGUACCCUCUGUACCCAGCGGAGUUAGCGCCUGCUCUUCCUCCUCCUGCCGCUUUCACCUAUCCCGCUUCACUGCAUGCCCAGAUGCGCUGGCUCCCUCCCUCCGAGGCUACUUCCCAGGGUUGGAAGUCCCGGCAGUUCUGUUGAGGCUGGGCUUGAAAACACCUUGCCCGGUUUUGAUCCCUUCAAGACGUCACAACAGCCUCUAUCACACAUCUGUUUUCCUCAAAGAAAAAAAAAUAUAUAAUAAAAUGUGUUUUACUCUUUUACACUGUAUAAUGUUAAGAAAUGUGUUAUUUGUGAAUGCAUGGCCUGACAUUUCUGUACAGUUUGGAGACACAGAACAAAGACGUCAGCAGUAAAGCCAAGAUGGUUAGUAUUUUUAUAACAGACAUUUUAAGAAUGGACAGAUGGAUUCUUACACUAGGUUACAUCAUGACUUUUCACUUGAUUUUUGAAUGCUUUUAAUGGUGUUUAUCUUAUUUUUCUUCUGAAAUAAGAUGCAUGUUUGAAGCUUAUCUCUAAAUAGCAUCAAACUUUCCACAAUUGUGUUGUAAAUGUGUGGCCUCCCUCUGCCUGGCCCAGAGUCAGGCCCCUUAGUAACUUGGUGUGGAAGUGAUCUUCUGCCAUAUUAGCUCUGUAAUCCUGGCUCCCAGGGAUCUCUCUGCAAGACAAUCAGUGCCCCCAAGAGUAUUUGCUAUCGUAGUGUUUUCACCGCUGGGCAAAGACUACUUAGGUAAUGUCUCUGAAAACCAUGGCCACUCUGGCUGAGACUAUACCACCUGUGCCCAGGGACAUAAUGACAUUCUAUACUUAGUGUUUAUGAUAGUACCCUCAGAGUGUGCAACCCAAUAUAUAUCACACCUUCUAUAAACAGUUUCCACUUCCCCGGUGGAACUGUAAGGUCAAUCCACCUUACACUUAAGUGGAGGGACCUUAGUUUGGAGGCAAACAUGCCUCAAGAGCAGCAGGCUUUGCCCACUCAGCCUGCAGUGGGCGUCACAUCUCUCUCAAGUGAUUCAGCAAAGCAUUGGUCUACCUGAGAAGCUAGCUGGUCUGGCAGCCAUGUCAGAUAGACCGUCACGUUCUCUGGAAUCCUGUGCACUCAUCUUGAGACUACCUACUACAUUGUACAGCGUGGGGCAUGAAACAGUGGCGUCUGCAGUGAACACUGUUACCCUUGCUUCAAGACGUCUUCAAAGUUAAGUCUUGUGUGUCAACACAUUUCCAGAGGCUGUGACGGCACAGCUUCUCCAGCUCCUCAGACAAGAGCCAUAUAUUAUGUUGACCUCAGAAUUUCCAGCUGCUGAUACAACUAAACAUAAUCAGAAUCUUUGUAUCCUUGUUAUUGAUCUGCUUGUGUUGUGUUGAAAACCGUCAUAUUUUAAUGAUUAUAUCAGUGGUUUGGGAGGGUUAUUUCAUUAUUUUUCAUGAGAAGUAAAAAUGUCAAGUUCUUAAAGGUUAUUAUAAAAAGAGAAAGCAGCACCAAGGCCUGAACAAGGGCCUUUUCACUGUAAACUAGAGGAUGGGGACAGGCAGCAUGCUGGGGACUUAGACAUCCAGGUUGGUAUUCAGGGACUGCUCAUGCCCCACAGUGCCACUUGACUGUGAGACUCCUCUACUUGCUUUAAAGAGAGCCACUUCAUUGAUUAUGCUUUUAUAAAUUGUGUAAAGGUACUUUUGUAUUGUCAUUUUUAAAAAAAAUAAAAGUUUAUUCCAGCCAUUAAA